UGUCCAGCACUUUGAUCGCCUGCCCUCUGCCUCCCUGCGUUCCUCCCAAAAGCUUUCCGUACGAGUUGUGUACUCGUUGCCCGGCUAGCUCACGCUUAUCGCACUCUGGUUUCCCUGCUGAAAAGACAGCCCCUACGCUCGGUAUAUCAAGGUGGAUCAUAACCUCUUGCUUGGACUAGGUAUACUCGGAAAAGCUUGCGACCAGGCGAUUCUUUGACCGAAGCCGCAGGCCGAAUUUCUGCGAUACGCAAAAGAACAUAAAGUCUUGGGGAGGAUUCGUUACAUAAAGGUCACUUGACAAAUCCUAUAUGCCCCUCACCAGAAAUGGCGACGCCUCAACCACCGUACUCCCAGCCGGGGCCCUCGUACUUCCACGCAAUGCAGCAUCCCAUCCCGCCACCAUACGUAUACGGCGCGCACGCGCCUCCACAUAACGCCGCCCCAUACCCCUACUCGCCGUAUCCGCAAUCGCCCAUGCACGCGCCAGGAGCGAUGCACCACGCACCACCGAACGCACACCGCGGCAGAGGCGGCUACCACCCGUCACGCGGCGGCGGCGCGCCGACGUACCAGACCUUCCAGCCGCCCGUACACCACCACAACCCUCAGCAGCACGCGAAUCCCUACAUGCACGCGCCCAUCCCGCCGCAGGAGAACUACGCGCAGCCGCACCACCCGCACUCGAAAUACCAGGUCCCGUUCUCCCCGCCCGCCCCGUACCCCCCCGUGCCCAUCCAGCCUGGCGCGUCGCCCUCUGUUUCAGCAGCGUUUUCGCCGGCGUGGUCGGCUGAAGUGUCCUCCCCCCUGUCUCCCCUGCCCAAGCAGCUCAUGAUGCCCCCACCGAUGUCGAUGAACCAUACGUACCAGCCCCAGAGAGCGCCGCAAUCGCCGGCCCCGCAAGCUUCUCCUCGUCCCAGGGAAGUACAGGCUGCUCCUCCUGAAGCGGAGCACACCUUUGUACACGAGCAGCCCCAGGAAAUCGUGGAGACAGCUCCCGCGCCGACUUCUCUAGAGUCAGAACCAGAGCAAGAGCCCGCUGCAGCCCCUCAGCCGGAGCACAAGUCUCCCAAACAGACAUCAUUCAUUCCUUCUCCUAUUUCUCCUGAAUGUGCGCGAGGGUCUUUGCCCUCUACGUCAUCGCCUAAGCCCAAGCCGACUACGGGAGGCUGGGCGGUGUGGUCACGGCGGCCGAAGAAUCCGUCUCAUGCGCCUGGUAUCAUAUUUGCUUCUCGCUCCCGUCCGCCGCCCGACGUCGUCGAGAGCGCGCUGGACGAGCGGACCCCGCCUCCCUCACCCGUGGCAGAGAAGGUCGCUUUGCCUGCGCCCGAGGAGCCCGAAGCUACCACCGAGGCCGAAGAGAGCAAAUCGUCUGCUCCUGCAGCCGACGUCGAGCUGCCUGACAAGGCCGAGCGAUUGUCGACGCCACCCGACGUCCCCUCGUCCGCCGCGACGGCCACCGCGACCGAGACGACGCCGGCGACGUCGACCGCUCCCGGCUCCCCGUUCUCCACGACGACGUCCAUCUCCGCUGCCGCACGUGCGCCGACUCCCUCGCCCAAGGCUGAAGACAGGACGGAGGCGGCGACGUCCGCGUCUGCGUCCUCCACACCCGCGCCGGCCCCGCAGGCGAAAGCCGCGCCGAAAUCGUGGGCAUCGCUGCUCCGCCCCGAAGGCGCCGCGUCGUCCUCGAAGCUCCCGCGGUCCUCCGUCGUCGGCAUCUCCAUCCCCGCCUCGUCGCUGUCCUCUCCGUCGGGGGGCAGCACGAGCGGCAGCGGCAUCCCGGGCGUCGCGAUCCCGCACAAGGCCGAGCUGCUCAGCCUGCUGUCGUCGGGGCCCGGAAACAGCGCGAACGGGGGGCCGAUGAGGAUCCGCCCGCGCGGGCUGGUGAACCAGGGCAACAUGUGCUUCGCGAAUGCGGUGCUGCAGGUGCUCGUGUACUGCCCGCCGUUCCACCGGCUGUUCACCGAGCUGGGAAAGUACCUCCCGCUGCCGGCGCCGCUGCCCGCGCUGAACGGGAGUGUACCGCCGGCGGAGAGCGCCGACGCGGGCACGCCGCUCGUGGACGCGACGAUCCGGUUCCUGAGGGAGUUCCUCGUGGACGAGAGCGCGGGUAAAGGGAAGGAGAAGGAGGAGGACGGAGAGGGCGACGCGACGGACUGGUUCGUGCCCGGAUACGUUUACGACGCGAUGAAGGAGAAGAAGCGGUUCGAGAACAUGCGCGGCGGGCACCAGGAGGACGCGGAGGAGUUCUUCGGGUUCUACCUCGACACGCUCGAGGAGGAGCUGCUCUCGCUGCAGGCGCAGCUCAGCCCGGCGUCGACGAAGGCGGCGCAGAAGCAGCAGGUGGAAGAGCGCCUGGAGGAGGAGCCGUCGCAGAAGGAUGAGGGCUGGAUGGAGGUCGGGAAGAGGAACAGGACGGUUGUCACACGUACAAUCAGGACAACUGAAUCGCCAAUCACGAGAAUCUUCGGCGGGAAGUUUAGGUCGACUCUUAGGGCGCCCCAACAGCGCGAUUCAGUCAUCGUCGAAGACUGGCGAUCAAUACGACUCGACAUUCAGCGAGAGAAUAUCCAUACUAUCAAGGACGCUCUGAGUUACAUUUCUCAUCCUGAGCAGGUGCAAAUGACUGCUCCCAACCGCCCGGGAGUCACGAUCGAAGCAAGCCAGCAAGUCCUUAUCGACUCACUUCCUCCUAUCUUGGUCUUGCACCUGAAGCGUUUCUUGUAUGAUACCAGCGUGGGUGGCGUGGUGAAGAUAGGGAAGCAGAUAACCUUUGGGCCUGAGGUGGAGAUAGGGCCUGAGUUGAUGGCACCCGCGCGCAAAAUGGCGACGCCGGCACGGUAUAAGUUGUUUGGUGUCUUGUAUCAUCAUGGUCUGUCUGCGUCAGGCGGGCAUUAUACCAUUGAUGUCCUCCAUCCAAAUCGUGAAGGAGGCAUAAAACCCCGAGAGGGCUGGAUCCGUAUCGACGACGAGUUCGUCUCGGAUAUCCGACCGGAGGACGUUUUCAACAGCUUUGACAGAGAUGACAGAAAUGCUUAUCUCUUGAUGUAUCGAAGGAUUGGAUGGGGUGCGCAGGCCGUGCGGACAUAAUAUUUCUUGUAGCUCUAGGUUUCACGCUUGACGCAAUUCAUGAUCCCGAAUGAUUCCCGCAUUCAUAAGUUAG